UUCUGUGUUCGUCAGAAGUAUUGGCUCCACAAUGGUGUUUAUUGCUUCCUUGUGACAGAGCCUAACUGAAGGAACGAGCUCUCUUCUGAUAUUCAUUACUCGUGUUCUUUCUGGGAAUUUUAAUGCUGCCACAGUGAAAACUACUAAACUUCCAGUAAUGUUUUCAAGGCAGAAAAGGUAGUAAGUUGCUUGGGAGAGAUUCAAUUCGGUCACUCACAAGAAGGUCACCGCCAUUGUUGUGCUUCUUCAGCUUCCAUUGAUGGACAAGGAAGGAGAAGGUGACCAUAAAGAAAUGUGCGGUGCCAGUACACUCACUGUUAAGAUUUCGUCAAGCAAAAGCACUUGUGAUUCGCAUUUACCUUCUCCGAACCUCAAGAACUCGAUAGAAUCAACGCCUUAUGAUUCUCCUUGUCUUGUGUCUCCAUCCUCAUCAGCAUUUGUUUCAGCCUUACAGUCUCCGUAUAUAUCUCCCAGAGCCAUCGGAGAAAACCAUCCAAACUCCGCCAAGAGCACUCGUUUAGAUCCCUCUCAAAACCUCACCACCGCAACCAACACCACCACCACCACCACCACAACAACAACAACCACCGUCAGCCAUCCUUCGCCGACGUUCUCCUACAGAGGCUCCCAGUCUGAAGACAUCCCCAGCAGUUCCUACACUCCGCCGUCAGAUCCCUACGAAUUCUCCGAUGACACUUCUGAUACUAAGCUCAAAUUCGUGACGUGCGUUCCAGUCCCUGACCCAAUUCCUCCACGCAUUUCGUUCUCAUUCCCCGUCCCUCGAACUUCCUUCGCGAAAAGCUCCUUUUCAGCGGCUUCAAACGCCAAACUUACCGGUUGUGACGUUUACAUUGGUUUCCAUGGACACAAUACCAAUUUGCUGCGAUUCUGUAAGUGGCUUAAGUCGGAGCUUGAGCUUCAGGGGAUUGACUGUUUUGCUGCAGAUAGAGCAAAAUAUUCAGAUAGUCAGAGCCACGAGAUUGCCGAUAGAGUCAUUUGCUCUGUGGCGUUUGGCUUAGUGGUUGUCACGCCUUCUAGUUUUCUCAACCAUUUCAGCAUGGAGGAGAUUAGAUUCUUCGUCCAAAAGAAGAAUUUGAUUCCACUCUUCUUCGAAACUUCAUAUUCUGAGAUUAUGACUCUUGCAGACUGCAAUUCUAUUAACAAGGAGUGCACAGAGGCAGUGGAUGGACUUAUGAAAUCUCAUGAACAGAAGCUGGAGGCCAUUGAUGGUAAUUGGAGCAGUUGCAUAAUGAAAGCUGUUGGGAUUCUCAGAGCAAGACUUGGACGGAAGAGAGAAGGGUUUGAGAACAAACGCGGAUUUGAGAGUUUACCUUUUCCCAGAAACACAUUCUUCGUGGGAAGAGAGAAGGAGAUUAUGGAGAUUGAAAGUCUCUUCUUUGGGAAUGGAAAUUGUCCAGAGCAAGAUCAUUCUACAGCAGUCAUCAAAGUAGAAGCUAGUGGGCAAUCUGAAGGACUUGCUGAUGAAGAAAGUGACCAUGUGAAUAGCAGAGGAGGGAGAUUUAUCAGUCUAGAGAUGGACAAGAGCAAAGAUUCAAUUUUUGAGUCUUGGGUUGAUGUUGAACCUGUCAAAGGAAAAAAUUCUUUCAGGAGGAUAAAACAUAAGAAGUCGAGAAGUGGUAACUAUAAGAGCUUGAGUAACACUGUGAUUUGCAUCAAUGGGGUUUCUGGGAUUGGAAAAUCAGAGCUGGCACUGGAAUUCGCUUACAGAUACUGCCAGAGAUACAAAAUGGUCUUGUGGUUUGGUGGGGAAGCUAGGUAUCUCAGGCAGAACAUAUUGAAUCUGUCUCUUCAUUUAGGUAUAGAUGUUGGGGCUGAUCCUGAGGUAGAAAGGGGUCGAAUUCGUACCUUUGAAGAGCAAGAGUUUGAAGCAUUCAAGAGAAUCAAGAGGGAGUUAUCCAGUGAUAUGCCUUAUUUACUUAUAAUUGAUAAUCUUGAAUCUGAAGAGGACUGGUGGGAAGGGAAGAACUUGCAUGACUUGAUCCCUAGAAACACAGGAGUUACCCAUGUGAUUAUUACCUCUAGGCUGUCAAAAGUAAUGAACUAUGAUACAAUUCAGCUUCCACCAUUGCCAUUAUCUGAUGCAAUGGUAUUGAUUAGGGGAAGAAGCAAGAAAGAGUAUCCAGCUGAUGAGGUAGAAUUCCUUAAAAAAUUUAACAAGAAACUAGGUAGGUUGAGCUUUGGUUUAUGGUUGAUUGGUUCAUUGUUAUCUGAACUUGUAAUCACCCCUUCUGCUCUCUUUGAGGCAAUAGACCAGAUUCCCCUUGAAGAAGAUUCUCCUUCUUGUUACAUGAGCAUUGCAGAAGAGCAACUUCUAAAGAAUAAUCCUUUCCUUAUGAAGAUCCUCGAAUUUUGCUUCGGGAUUCUCAACAAAAGCAGAAGAAAACAGAACCUCCUAGCCAAAAGAAUGCUUCUUGUAAGUGGGUGGUUUUCCCCAUCUCCCAUUCCAGCAAGUUUGUUAGUAAGUGCAGCCAAGGAUAUCAUCCCUAGGACAAAAACUCUGGAUGUUACAUUCAGUUGUUUAUCAUCAAAAGCAUGGAAAAGCGAGGAGGAUUCAUCAAUGCUUCUGGUGAAACUUGGAAUGGCACGAAUAGCCAGCAAAAUCAAUGAACAUUGCAUCAUCCAUUUUCAUCCCAUUAUGCAGGCAUUCACGAAAAAGAAGGGUGGUUUGCAAUCUGCCAAAGCUAUUGUUCAAGGGGUGACCAGAAAAACAAGCAAUCCUUAUAUAAUAAACUCAAAUCAUUUCUGGGCGUCAGCUUUUCUGUUGUUUGGAUUCAAAUCUGAACCCCCACUAGUCCAACUUCAAGCAACAGACAUGGUUUUAUACAUCAAAAGAACAGCCCUGCCACUCGCAAUUCAAGCCUUCUCAUCAUUCUCGAGAUGCAAUUCUGCAAUAGAGCUCUUGAAGGUAUGUACAGAUGCACUGGAAGAAGCUGAAAAGUCGUUUGUGUCUCAGAUACAAGAUUGGUCAUAUGAAUCUAUUUGUUGGAAACAAAGGCUCCAACGUGGCCAUAAAGUGGAUGAAUAUGUGUGGCAAGAGGUCACUUUGUUAAAGGCAACAUUACUGGAGACGAGAGCCAAGUUGCUAGCUAGAGGAGGACUUCUUGACAGUGGAAAAGAACUUUGCAGAACAUGUAUCAGUAUCAGAACCGUCAUGCUUGGCCAUAAUCAUGCUCACACCUUGGCUGCACAGGACACAUUAGCGAGACUUGUGAGAAUGAAAAGUAAGAUAUGAUGGCGAAUUUUCAAAAUAAGCUAGCAGAAGUGGAGGAGUUUGAGGACAAAUGAAGGAAUUGGAAGGCUUGUGCAACCCCAUUAUUGCUAAGAUGUAUCAAGGUGCUGCUGGCGAUGUGCCCAUGAACGAUGAUCCUAGCAUGUCCAAUGGUGGCUACAGCAAAUCAUCCUCUAGUUUAUUUUAUGUCAAACGUAGUUAAGCAUUAGUAGUAACUGUAUACUAGUUAGUAUUCUCUACAAGACACCAAAAAUCUGGACUUGCAGUAGGUAUAUCAAGUUUGUGGCUUACAAGUUCAAAUGAAUUCUGUGCUCAGUAUUUUUUCUGUCUGACAAA